AUGGAAGCCAAAGGUUUUUACCACGAACGCGCUUCCAGAGUCGCCAAGACUCUCUUCCCACGGAACGAAAACUCACCUCAAGCCGAGGUGAAACAACGGACUCCAGGCAAACGUUCGCCAGCAUCAUCUUUGCGGCAAUGCAAAACAGCAAAGCGUCUCGUCACAAAAAAAGCGGCAGCGGUUUCCAUGUCGCUGGUGCGUGACAAUAAGGACCGCUGGAUGGCAGACAUUGAACAGCGUCUAGCCGUGAGGACAGCGGAGCUUACUGCGGAACGAGCUCGAGUAGCUGCAGGUCGAGGACAGGGCAACCCCAUUUCCCCUGGCCACACAACCCAGAACACCUGCUUCGCUCCUGAGAUGAGAGAAGGGGGAGAGAGGGGUGAGGCUCGACAGCGGGGCAUGGGAUUACUGUAUGUACCCACCUGGCUGGACACAGACAAGGAGAGGAGCGUGUGA